GUUAAGGCUCCGAAGAAGGGCUCAAAGAAAGCCGUCUCUAAGAGCGUCUCCAAGACCGGCAAGAAGAAGAGGAAGACCAGGAAGGAGAGCUACGCCAUCUACGUGUACAAGGUCCUGAAGCAGGUCCACCCCGACACCGGCAUCUCGUCCAAGGCCAUGCUGAUCAUGAACUCGUUCGUGAGCGACAUCUUCGAGCGCAUCGCCGGCGAGUCCUCCCGUCUGGCUCACUACAACAAGCGCUCCACCAUCACCUCCAGGGAGAUCCAGACCGCCGUCCGCCUGCUGCUGCCCGGUGAGCUGGCCAAGCACGCCGUGUCUGAAGGCACCAAGGCCGUGACCAAGUACACCAGCUCCAAGUAAACCCGCUGUUACACCCAGCAACACAAAGGCCCUUUUCAGGGCCCCCACUGUUUAUACUAAGAGCUGCAUUCCUCAUGAUUGAUAACUACCCUCCAUGUGUUUCUUAAAUUCACAUGUUUGUUUCUCAGUUUCUUGUUUUUCUGUUUACGCCACACGUGUUUCAGUCUCAACAUAUUUCAAAGUAAUAAUAACAAAAUAAAUAUAAUAAAACACAUAAUUUAGA